UGGGUGCUAGAUCCAUAAAGGCCACCGUGAGAAACAUGAAGAAUGGAUGAUUCUGACUUCCACCGACUGUGUUUGUGUUAUAUCCAAUCCAGUCCAUCGGUUCAGUCCCCUCAUUUUAGGAGAUGAGCCCAAACACAAGGGAGGUCCAAAACUCAAGUGGGUCAUACCACAGGAAACAGUGGGGAUGGAGACAAUGUCGAAAAAUUUCUGGGCCCACUGUGAUGUUUAGACCCUUGAUAAGGUAAAUCCAGUGAAAACACAAAGAUAGCCCUGACCUAAAAUUCAUGUGACCCCACUAAGGUUUCAACGGUGGCCAUUUAAUCUCACACGUGUGGCCCACUUGAGUUUUGGAUCUUCUUCAUGUUUGGGUUCAUGUACUAAAAUGAACCGAAGAAAUGGAAUGUACAGAGUGGAUAUAACAAAAACACCGUGGUGGGCCCCACAGAGUUUUGGAUUACAGGGGAGCCAUCUAAUCCUGGGUUACAAGCGAGUCGCGUUCCUAUAUUUCUGGCUGAAAGUGGACCGUGAGAUAAUUUUAAAAGCUGACUUCAACUAUGAAAUCAAUGGUCAGGAUACUCUUCAUAUCAGCCAUGAAAUAAAGUAACACCAGGAAAACCAACGGUUCAAAUCACCAAACAACCUUUGUUUGUGGGCCCAUGUAGCAACAGAUGAUCUUAUCGUUAGUCGCGACAGACGGACGAAACGUAGCCGUUACAAACAAGGCUGAUCGUUGAAACAGAACCAAGAUUUUGUAUCCUCUAUAUAAACCCUACCAUCAUUGCUUUUUCCGUUAAUCUAACUGCAACAUUCCAAUCAACGAAGAUUAUUGAGAGAGAGAGAGAGAGAGAGAGAGAGAGAGAGAGAAUGGAAAGAGGAGAAGAGGUGAAGACGAGAAAGAAGAGGUUCGACCCAGAGAGAGGAAUGACAGAGCUUUGGCUAGAGAGCGACGCAACGGACAAGGUCACCUUCACCGACCCAUGUUCCCAUUGCGGCAACAAGAAAAGGGAAUGCCUUCGAUCCAGCUACGGCCCAAGGAAGAGAGUCAUGGUGAGUUCCACUUCUCCAAACACCACCACCAUGCUCUCUUCCAUGCUGCAACUGAUGGACCACAUCACGUCCUCUGAUAACCGUCCGAUCUACAAGGUAGAGAUCAAAGAGAGGUUGAUGCAAAUCAAGAGACAGAUUGAGGAGGUUGUAAUGGACGGUUAUGGCUAUCUUCUUGGACGAGAUGCAAAACAACGAUGAGAGAGAGAGAGAGAGAGAGAGAGA